AUGCCUCUGGACGGAGUCAAGAACGUGGUGCUGGUCCUCUCCGGCAAAGGCGGCGUCGGCAAAUCCUCCGUGACCCUGCAACUGGCCCUGGCGCUCUCCCUGCAAGGCAAAUCCGUGGGCAUCCUCGACAUCGACCUCACGGGGCCCUCGAUCCCGCGGCUAGUCGGCCUGGAAGAUGCGAAGAUCACCCAAGCGCCCGGCGGCUGGCUGCCUGUGCCUGUGCAUACCGGUGUAGAUGCAUCAUCACCUUCCCCCAACAGCCCUCCAACAGCAGCAGCAACAAGCACCAAUCCCCCACCCGCCCAACAGCAACAGCAACAGCAACAGCAACAGCAACAAGACCCCUCACCCAUUACCCCCCCAAACUCAAAGUCCACCCCCCGCGGCCCAUUAAACUGCAUGUCCCUCGGCUUCCUCCUGCGCUCCCGCUCCGACGCCGUAAUCUGGCGCGGCCCCAAGAAAACCGCCAUGAUCCGGCAAUUCCUCUCGGACGUGCUCUGGGGGGAGACCGACUACUUACUGGUAGAUACCCCGCCCGGCACGAGCGACGAGCACAUCGCGCUGGCCGAGCAGCUCCUCACGCUGUGCAGCAUCGCCCCCGCCACCUCCCAGACACCAGGCCAGAAAAUGCCCCGCCUCGCCGGCGCCGUCCUCGUCACCACCCCGCAAGCAAUCGCCACCUCCGACGUGCGCAAGGAAGUCAACUUCUGCGUCAAGACGAACAUCCCCACGCUGGGCGUUAUCGAGAAUAUGUCCGGGUAUACGUGUCCGUGCUGCGGGGAGGUGACGAAUUUGUUCUCGAGUGGGGGCGGGGAGGUCAUGGCGCGGGAGAUGGGGGUUAGGUUCUUGGGGAGUGUGCCGGUGGAUGUUGGGUUUGGGGCAUUGGUGGAGGGGAGGGGGAUUGGGGAGGCGGGUGAGGGGGAGGCGGAGGAUAGUGAUGAGGAUGAGGAUGAGGAAGAGGAAAAGGUUGAUGAUCGGCCGUUGGUGGAGAAGUAUCGGGAGGGGUGGUCUUAUGCUCGGUUUGAGGGGUUUGCGAAGACGUUGAUUGCGGAGAUUGAGGGGUGA